AUGGAUGAGACAUAUAAAAAUGGUGAAUCGAUUAGUUUACCAACGAAAAUGAAAAUAAGUGAUAAUAAAGAAAGUCAGAACAACAAUAGCCUAAAUAAUCCAACCAAACAAAGUGCAAGUUACAAAGAGGAAGUAAUAGAAAAGCGGGACCCAGAAGUGAUUGAAAAUGAAGAAAGAAAAAAAUAUGAUAGCAAUAAUAAUGACGAAAAUGUAGAAAACGGAAACAAAUUAACUAAACCAGAGAUAAAAAAAGAAACAAAUUUUUUAGAUAAAUUUCAAAAACAAUUUACAAGAUCAGAUAGCACAAAUGAUAAUCUGAUAAAAAUAGAUCAACAAAAUGAAGAAUGGGAUGAACAAAAUAAAUGGAGUUUUUCAAAUCUAGUUACAAAUAUAAAAUCAAUAGUCAUAAAAAAUCAUAUAUAUGUUGCUAAAAUAUGUGGUAACCCUAAUCAGCCUAAUAAACCAGGUCCUGUAAUAGCUAUUAAUAUUGAAAGUACAAAACAAAAUUCUAAUACAAAUAUUAUAAUUCAAACUCCAUGUGUUUAUGAAAAAUAUACAAUAAAAGGAAAAUUAUUACAACACAAAAGUUUAUAUCCAAACACUAUUACAUCUAUGCUUUAUGGAAAUAUAGGAGGUAUAGGGAAAGUCGUUAUCUUAGGAACACAAAGUGGGUACAUAUUAAUUUAUAAAGCUGAAAGAUUUGAAUGUAUACUAAAAUUAAAUUCAAAAAAAUCGUUAAAAAAUUAUUUUAAUAAAAAUACACAAAGAGAUUCAAUGGAUGAUUGGGAUUAUCAAAAUAACAUUGCAAAUUAUUGUAACAAUCAUAACGAUAAAUAUUUUCCUGAUAUAUAUGAUGAUUCUUUAUCUGAAGCUGAAACAGAUGAAGUAAAAAAUGGGUCUAACGGUUCCAUUGAUCAUAAUAAUUUAUCUUAUCAAAUAUCUGGUAUAUCCGUAAAAUCCACUUUUGCUAAUUUUAUUCAUUGGAUUAUUGCAGGCAAUAUGAAAGGCCAUAUUUUCAUAUGGGAAGUUCCGAGUGGAAAUAUUGUCAAAAUUUUAAUGCACCCAAUGUACAUGUUUACAAAUAUGAAAAAUCCAACAAACCCGUUGAACUCAGAUUAUUAUAAACCUUUUGAUGCAAAUAUUAACUACAAAAAAAGAAAAAAAAAAAAAAAACAUCUAAAUAUAGUAAAAACAAAUACGUUGAAAAAUUCUAAUAUUAGCAUGAACAGUGCAGGUAAAAAUGAUAGCUCUAGAGAAUCAAGUAUCUACAGCUUUAGUGAAAGUAGUAAUAGCGAUGUGGAAGAAAAAAGCCAAGAAGAUGAAAAUGAAGACAAUUAUAGUGAAUACUCAAAUGAUCAAUAUAUGACUGAUUCAGAAGGAAAUAAUUCUGAAUAUGAUUUAAAUGAUAAAAUUAAAAAAACAAAUAUGAUUGGAAAUAAAAAAAAUGCUUAUGAUAAAUGUUAUGUAUCUGCAAUCCUUGCAAUUACACACAAAUAUGAACUUUGGGUUGGAUUUGGUAAUGGAUAUAUAGCAGUAUAUGAUUUAUAUGAUUUUCAAUUACUUUUAUAUACACACAUAUCAAAAAAACCAAUCAUGGAUUUAAAAUAUUCUAAAAUAUUAGAAGGUGUUAUUAUAUUAAUUGGAAAUGAUUAUAUAUCAAUUUGGGAUACAAAAUCUUUAAAACAAAUUAAAAAAAUUCCAACUAGCCAAAUUACUAAAAAUUUAUUAUUAUCAUCAAUAUAUAUAUUAGAACCACCAAAUUCAUGGAAAUAUAAACAAGCCAUACUCAUUUCUGGAUGUAAUAAUGGAUCUGUAUGUAUAACAAGUAUUAAAAAAAAAAUUGAUGGAGAAAUAAUUUUCUCAUAUAUUAAGACAUAUACAAAAAAUUUUGAACCAUAUGUUCCUAUAAGUUAUAUACACAUUGAUCCGAAUAUUAAUGUGGCUUUUGUUGGUGAUGCUAGUGGUGUGGUAUUUACCGUCCCACAAAUUUUAAACACUUUUAAACAUGAUAAUGAUCCUAAAUGA